UGUCACUUGAGCAGGCACGUCAAGUCGCGAUCGGCCUGCUGCUGCACUCCAGUUGCGUCGGCGGGGCGCGUCCUCCAGAGGUCCAAUUCGUUCACAAGGAAGGCAGCAGAGCACAGUAGAGCACCACAACAACUACAACAAUAACGACACAGCCACUUCGUCGGGAGCAGUUCCGAGUGUGAAAAUAAAGUCGGGCACACACAUCGGCGGUCAAGGUCUAGCGAACAACCCAGCAGUGCACUUCCACCCAAACUUCCACACAUGUUUAUGGCUCUGCUACCACGGUAGCAAUGGCUCUCAACCAGCGGGAGCAGGGACAGCUGCGCAGCGCCCUCCAGGAAGCUGUAGUCAAAUGCUCCGAGCGAUGCCUUUACCAAUCGUCCAAAUGGGCAGCCGAGCUCCUCAAUGCCAUUCCCGAGCCCGAAAUGUCACUGGAUGACCCCGAUACCUCAAACGCGUCAGACAGCUAUACCUCAGCAGCUUUCGGGCCCAACAGCGACCCAGAUGAGGCGCUCCUGGAGGCACAAGAAAUCAACAAAUAUCUCCUCGCAAAGUCUCUCUUCGACUGCCGGGAAUACGAUCGAUGCGCGGCCGUCUUCCUCCCAGACUCGACGUUAGCAGGUAUCGUCGCCUCGCGUGAGCCCAAUGCCACACCUACAGGCAAGGGCAAAGGAAAAGAAGCGACAGGGAGUGCAAAAAGUGGCUCCUUUGCUCAGUUGCCGCGACUCAGCCAGCGCAGUCUGUUUCUUGCCUUGUAUGCAAAAAUGCUGUCUGGCGAGAAACGGAAAGAUGAGGACGCAGAAAUGGUGAUGGGACCCCAGGACAUCGGCACCUGUGUUAACAAACAGCUCCUCACUGUCAGCAGGUACUUGGGUGCCUGGUUUGAUGAGCACAAGACGGACGAUGGCGAAGAUUCCGACAGCCAAGGGUGGCUCGAAUAUCUAUACGGUAUGGUGCUUGCCAAGGAGAAGAAUGAAGAGCUCGCCAUGUAUUGGCUGAUUCGCAGCGUACAUCUUUUCCCCAUGAACUGGGGGUGCUGGCUUGAGAUGACAGCAUUGAUAUCGCGGGUCGAAGAUUUGGCACGAAUUAUGCCUAGGCUACCACAGAACAUUGUUUCUUUCAUGUUCCACAUCAACACGUCCCUCGAGCUAUAUCAGCACGACGCCACCUUGGCAACGUCCCUCGAGCAACUCCUUGGUAUAUUCCCAACGUCGUCGUUUCUGAUGACGUGCGAUGCCCUCCUUGCGUAUCACGCCAAGGAUCUUGUAGCGGCUGAGCAAAGCUUCAGCCGGCUACUAUCCGUGCACCCACAACGUCUGGAUUCUCUCGACCACUACUCAAACAUUCUCUACGUCAUGAACCUUCGACCCAAGCUGGCAUUCUUGGCGCACCUGUGCAGCAGUGUGGACAAAUUUCGUCCAGAAUCGUGUGUUGUAGUGGGCAACUACUACUCUUUACUUUCCUUGCACGAGAAAGCUGUGCAGUACUUCAGGCGCGCCCUGACUCUUGACAGGUCAUGUCUGUCGGCUUGGACGCUCAUGGGCCACGAGUAUGUCGAACUGAAGAACACACAUGCCGCCAUUGAGUCCUACCGGAGGGCUGUGGACGUAAAUCGCCGCGACUAUCGCGCCUGGUACGGCCUGGGACAGACGUAUGAAGUGCUGGAAAUGCACACGUAUGCACUCUGGUACUACAAGAAGGCUGCAGGUCUCCGUCCCUGGGAUGGCAAAAUGUGGAUGGCGGUGGGCUCUUGCCUCCAGCGGAUGAAUCGCAACCAGGAUGGCAUCAAAGCUCUUAAGCGUGCCUUGAUGGCUGACAGCUACUAUGAGACUGGCAGCAGCUUUGGCAGCGGAGGUGGAGCAGGCAGUAUGCGCGGAGCGCAUAUGGACCCAGAGAUCUUGCUACAGAUUGCGAGCAUGUACGACGGGAUGGGUGACGAGGAGCAAGCAAAGACAUACAUGGUCAUGUGCGUGCAGCAAGAGGAUGGCGGUGUUGGGGACGGGUCGAACGACAACAUUGCCAUACACCAUGACUCGCCCGGAGGAGGUUCAGACGACGAACGGGGCGAAGUUGGAGGGGGUCGUGCCAUGGGUGGUGAAGGCACAGGCGUGACGGCUGCGACGAGCAAAGCCAGGAUGUGGCUCGCAAGGCACGCGAUGCGGACAGAGGAUUAUGCGACAGCUAAUCGACUCGCGAACGAGCUGUGUCAAGACGGCGUUGAGGUGGAGGAGGCCAAGGCGCUCAUACGUGAGGUGCGGUCGAGGAUGGAUGCGGUUGGCAUGAGCGAAAGCUCCGUGCGGCGAGACACAUUCGGGUCUGACUGAGGAGUUUGAGGCAUGGCGCUGCGGUCAUGGCAUCUACGAGUUUGGCGAAAAAAACCCACUCGCAUGGCGUAGGCGUUUUUGUUUUGGGGCAAUGGACUAUUCAGCAGGUUCGCUGUGCUAGAACGGUGCGAUGGAGCAGAUAGAUGGCUUCCACGUAGCUGUAUUUAUUUCAUGACCGCAGAUGGCGUUUCUUGGGGUGGUGGUUCCAACAAAACCACCAUUCAGACCACGUCGAAUUACAAGCCCCUAGAUUGACUGCGGAAUGUCAAAGUAUCCGCAUAUCUCGCCUCAUCG